AUGUCAUCGGCAAUUGUGACAGGAGCGACUGGCAUUCUUGGAAGGGAAAUCGUCGACCGGCUCGCUCAGAACCCGGAACAAUGGAAGACGACAUAUGCCAUAUCGCGCAGCAAGAGGGACCAGUACCCAGCCAACGUCAAGCACGGCUUCGUCGACCUCACUCGAUCCCCCAAUGAGAUAGCCAAGGACCUGGAAGGCGUCGAGGCGGAGUAUGUCUUCUUCGCCGCAUACCUGCAGAAAGACUCGGAGAAGGAGAAUUGGGAUGCCAAUGGCGACAUGCUCCAAAACUUCCUCGCGGCUCUCGAGAAGACCGGCGCCGCGGACAAGAUCAAGCGCAUCCUGCUCAUCACCGGCGCCAAGCAGUACGGCGUGCACCGCGGCGUCCCCAGCAACCCGAUGGAGGACUCGGAACCCUGGCACCGCGAGGACCCGCCCCUCCCGCCCAUCUUCUACAACCGGCAGCAGGCCAUCCUCCGCGCCUUUUGCGAGAGACACCCCGACGUCUCGUGGACGGUGACGUAUCCGAACGACGUCAUCGGCUCCGCAAAGGACAACUACAUGAGCCUCGCCACGACGCUCGGCAUCUACGCCGCCAUCACCAAGGAGCUCGGGAGGGACCUCGAGUUCCCCGGCUCCGAGACCCUCUACACAAAGUUCGACUGCUUCACGUCGGCGAGGCUGCACGCCGAGUUCUGCGAGUGGGCCGUGAGGGAGCCCAGGGCGGCCAACGAGGCCUUCCACGUCGUCAACGGCGACGUCGAGAGCUGGCAGAACAUGUGGCCGAAGCUGGCCCGCCGGUUCGGGCUGAGGAUCAAGCCCGACCAGUUCGCCGCCAAGUCCGAGCUGGCCGACUCCACCGAGCUGAUCGAGAAGCCUCCCGUCGGCUUCCUUGCUGAGAAAUCCGGCCUGGUGCGCAAGGUCGAGCCGAGCAGGCCGGAAGAGAGGAUCGACCUGGUCAAGUGGAGCCAGAAGGAGGUCGUCAAGAAGGCCUGGGACCGGCUCGCCCUGCGCGAGGGGCUCGAGAGGGAUGCCUUUGACAAGGCCACUUGGUCUUACCUCGGCUUCGUCCUGGGUCGCAACUUUGACCUGGUCAUUAGCAUGAGCAAGGCGCGGGAGAUGGGCUGGACAGGCUACGCAGACACCUGGCAGUCUUUACAAGACUUCUUCGGGCAGCUGGAGACGGAGAAGAUCUUGCCCAGGACUCACGGGUACGCCCGUUAG